ACAUCGGGUUAGGGUUAGAGUUAGGGUUGGGGUUUUUGGAGGGCCUUUGACUGCGAUGGAGGAGGAGGGGGACGUCGGGGCUGCUGCUGCGGCGGCGGGGAGGCGGCCUCCGCAGCCGUGCGACUACUGCGGAGAGGAGGAGGCGGCGCUCCACUGCCGCGCCGACACCGCGCGGCUCUGCGUGGCGUGCGACCGUCACGUCCACGCCGCCAACGCCCUCUCUCGCAAGCACGUGCGCUCACCGCUCUGCGGCGGCUGCGGCUCACGCCCCGCCGCGGCCUUUUUCUUCGGCUCCGGCGCCGGCGACACCCUCUCCCUCUGCUCCGACUGCGACUGGGCCUGCGGCGGCGGAGGCGGCCCCGCGGCCACGAAGGUCCCCGUCGAGGGCUUCACCGGGUGCCCCUCCGCCCUCGAGAUCGCGGCCGCUUGGGGGAUCGAUCUCGCCGCGAAGGAACCCGCCGCCGCGGACGACAACCACGACGACGACCACCUCAUCUCGGCCUGGUACGGCCUCGAUCACCCGAUCCUGGCCGUGGAUCUGGCGUUCCGGGACCUCUACGUGCCGUGCGUGGCGACCCCCGGUUGCGCCGAGGCGGCCCAAGGGGUGCGGCGGGGCGCNCGGCCGCCGCUCUUCGAGCAGCUGGCGGAGCUCGCGGAGAAGGAGGUGGCGGAGCCUCUGCGGCCCGAUCUCAGCCCGAGGACGCCGCCGCCAUGUCGGAUCGGAGGAGGAGGAGGAGGAGGAGGAGGAGGUCACGAAGAGGAGGAUUGCGCACUGGAGCCGCCAUUGCCGUACACGUCCUUGCUCAUGAUGGCGUCGUCGGGUUGCGCGGGACUCGAGGGAGGGGACCCGCCCACAGCGGCGGAGGAGGACGAGCUGAUCUGGGGUUGCAGGGGCCCCGCCGACCACUCUGCGCAGAUAUGGGAUUUUAAUUUAGGAAGAUCGAGGGAUCGCAAUGAGUCUUCUGCCAUUGAAAUCGGACUUGGUACCGGUAGUGGAGGUUUUUCAAUCAAAAGUUACAAUGACCUUCUCAAUGAAAAUUCUUUUGCAAUGUCAAAUGUCUUAGAAGACAUUUACGACCCGAGCUGUCCUCCAGCAAAUGAGGAUCUCUUCUCAUCCAACAUGCGACAUAUAUCGUCUCAAAACCUUAGGAUGGCAACCCCAACUAGCAAAUGGAAGAGCAAUUCAAGCAACUCAGAAAAUGGACCAGUAACCUCUUCGGCUAUACUUAGGCCCUUAGCUUCAUCACAUGACCUUGGUAGUGGUAGCAGCAAGCAAAUUUGUUUUGGGGAACAGCCUCUCGUUGCGACCGAAACAUUAGUAAAACCUACAAAGAAAAUGGACAGCGAGUUGCUGGCCCAGAAUAGGGGCAACGCCAUGCUACGCUACAAAGAGAAAAGGAAGACCCGCAGGUAUGAUAAACACAUCCGAUACGAGUCAAGGAAAGCGAGGGCUGACACAAGGAAGCGAGUGAAGGGUCGAUUUGUGAAGUCUACUGAAGCUCUGGUUAAUGAAAACGGCGGGUUAAGUUCUUGAAGAAAGCAACUAUGGUUGUAAAUAUCUCUUGUUCUUUUGAUCUCAUCGACAAAGUUAUGAGAUGAUAUGCCCUUGUUUGCUGUAUAUGGUUUUACCUAGCCCUGGGAGAAAAUUUACUGUGUUUAUUGAAAAGUAGGUCUAAAGAAGUGGUAAAUUUCAUAUCUUUUUGUAUUUUGCUGGCAUUAUAAGUGAGCCCAAAAAACAUAGUCAGAUGAUUCUAAAUGUCUUGUAAUGCAUCAUGUUUUCUAUUGGUUAUAUGCGCGUUACAGCGGAAAUAUAUCUAGAUUAGCAUUA